GUGCUCACAGCCUCCUGCCUGUUCACUGCCUCUCCGCUCUCCUUACAUACACACUCAUGCAUUCACACACUCUCUCCUCUCUCAGUCUCGUCACUCUCGGUCCUGUGCGGACUUGAGCUCCGGGAGUGAAAGAAGAUGAUGCUGUCACUGAUACCCUUCUUUUCUAUUUAGGAGAAGGGAAAACUAGUCUGUUAAAGAUGUUGAUGCAACAGCACCUCAUUCCUUCUGCCUGCUUCCUGCCAAGCUCCAGCUCAUUUUAGGAGGAUUUAAGCAAUAGAGAGGUUUGCAGUUUUGAUGCACCGGAUCUUCUUCCUUCCCUUUCCAUCGUACCACAUCAAAGGAUGGUCAGAUCCCUGCAGGAUCAGGAAUAUCACUUCUGGAACUGUCACUUGGCUUACUGGCCCGAAAUCAUUGCAGUCUGAGGUGGCCCUGAAGGGAAGCAGGAGCAUGUCAGAGGCACCUGUGAAGCUGAAGAAAAUUAGCCGAAUGCUUCCCAUUUUGCACGACUAAAGACUUUGAUCCUGAUUGAGAUUAUCUUGGAACAAAUUACUUGGACCCUUUGAUUGGUUUUCUGGAGGAAUUCCUGGAGGACUAAACCAGCUCUAUGGUUUUCUAACUUAGCCAAAUCUUUGGUUUCUUGGAUCUGACCAAGAGAGGCUGGUAUCUUUGAAGAUAUCAUCCGGCACUGGCAAUGACAUCAAGGAGGGGAUGAUUUUGGUUUGGAUCCACUAAGCACCCAAAGGUGAUUAGAAAAAUCCCAAGGACACUGUCAGGUAUUCCAAAUCAGCACACUGAGAUGACCCAGGAACAGUGCUCUCAUAGGAACAAUGUCCAGAGUUCAGAGAAACCACAAGUGUACAAAGUGGGAAUAUACGGCUGGAGGAAACGCUGCCUUUACUUCUUCGUCCUGCUAUUAAUGAUCCUGAUCCUGAUCAACUUGGCUCUAACCAUCUGGAUCCUCAAAGUCAUGAACUUCACCAUUGAUGGAAUGGGCAACCUGAGAAUAACAGAAAAGGGCCUAAAACUAGAGGGAGACUCCGAGUUCCUCCAACCGCUCUAUGCCAAAGAAAUCCGGUCCAGUCCAGGCCGAUCGCUGUUCCUACAGUCAUCCAGAAACGUCUCGGUCAAUAUCGUGAACAGCAACAACCAGCUGCUCACGCAGCUCGUCACAGGAUCCAGCGGAUUUAAAGCACGGGGGAAGAUGUUUGAAGUGAAAUCCACCUCCGGGAAGCUGCUCUUCUCGGCGGACGAGCAGGAGGUGGUGGUGGGUGCAGAAAGGCUCCGAGUGAUGGGGGCUGAAGGAGCAGUGUUCAGCAAAUCCGUGGAAACACCACACGUCAGGGCCGAGCCGUUCAAGGAGCUACGAUUGGAGUCUCCCACUCGCUCUUUACUGAUGGAGGCACCGAAAGGAAUCCAGAUCCUGGCUGAGGCUGGAGACAUCCAAGCCAUCUGCAGAAACGAGCUACGGCUGGAGUCCAAAGAUGGAGAGAUUGCUCUGGAUGCUCAGAGGAUCCGUCUGAUGAGGCUACCAGAGGGAAAAGCCUCCACCAGUUCCUCGUCCUCUGGAACUAGGCAGACAGUCUAUGAAGUUUGUGUUUGUCCUAAUGGGAGACUUUUCCUGUCCCUGGCUGGCGCCGGAUCCACCUGUCAGAUCAGCAACAAUGUCUGCCUCUAGAACUGCUACUCUAGGAUUUUGUAUAACUAUAAAUAAGAUAUUGGGGGGGG